AUGGAUAAAAAUUUUGAUUCCAAAUCAUCAGAAGAACGUGAAGAUUCUCGAUUAUUAAAUGGCAAAAAUCAACAACAACAGCAGCAACAACAACAACAACAUCCAGUUAUUGUAUUCAUUUCCGGUGAUUCAUAUCAAACCGGUACAGGCAAUUCAUUUGAUGCAUCAAUAUGGUCUAGUUAUGGACGUGUUAUUGUUGUCACAUUGAAUUAUCGUCUUGGUGUACUAGGAUUCUUACCAGCUUUAGUUGAUGGCACAAUUCGUGGCAAUUAUGGUCUAAUGGAUCAAGUGGCUGCAUUACAUUGGAUACAAGAAAAUAUUGCCGAAUUUGGUGGUGAACCUCGUAAUGUUACACUAAUUGGACAUGGUUUUGGUGCUGCUUGUGUCCAUUUGUUAAUGUUAUCACCAAUGGCUAAAGGUUUAUUCGCUCGUGUGGCCUUAUUAAGUGGUUCGGCAUUAGCACCAUCUGCUAUUGUUCGUGAUGCUGAAAAUAAUGCAAGACAAUUGGCCAAACAAUUGAAUUGUCCAGUUUAUGAUAAUACACAAUUAGUUGAUUGUUUGAAAAGAAAACCAUUCGAUGAGCUUAUUCAAGCAAUGAAUCAUAUUCACAUAUCACGUUAUCUAUCACCAUUUGGUCCAAUAAUCGAUGGUAUCGUUGUGGUGGAAGAACCACGUACAAUGAUGGAAUCAAUGGUUUAUGGACCAUUAUCAUCUGCUGCCUCAUCAUCAUCAUCAUCUUUUGUAUCGUCAUCGAAAAUUACCUCAUCAUCAUCAUCAUCGUCGUCUUCAUCAUCACCAUCAUCUUCAAAUUAUGUUUUUUUCAAAAAUAGUGCCUCUUCAUCUGUUUCUUCGGAUUUAUUUGCUGCCAAUCAUUAUCAUGGUGAUAUAUUAUUCGGUGUGACAAAAGUUCAAUGUCCAUUAGAUGUUUUCACUGGUUAUGAAGAACGUUAUGGAAUCAAUGUUGAACGAAGAAAUCAGAUUGUUCGAACUUUAAUACGCAAUUUAUUUGAUUUUCAUCAGCAGACAAUUUUCUGGACAUUGAUCAAUGAAUAUACUGAUUGGAGUCGUCCAAGUGAACAUCCAAUCAAUUUAUUAGAUUCUACAAUCGAUAUAUUGGGUCAUGCAUUGAUUCUUGCACCAUUGAUUGAAACCGUUGAGCUUUACGCUAAAUCAAUGGCUGAUCGUUUUCCAUUUAAUACGAACAGUAACAAUAACAACAACAAGGAUAAUACAUUCGAUUUUGCAUAUCAUUCUCAUGAUCAUUAUCAACAACAACAACAAAAACAGGAUUCAAAAUCUGGAAAGAUUUUUUUCUAUGUCUUUCAAAAUAAUCCAAAAUCUAUAUUAUUGGAUUCUUCGACGUCGUUACCAAAUUUUGGAUCAAUAGACAGCAAUAUCUCACCAAUGAUGAUGAUGAUGACGACUAGUGGCCAAAUACAAUCAAUUGAUCAAAGACUUGGAUCAAUGUUGAAUGAUGAAUUGGAUUAUUUAUUUGGUGCACCAAUUGCUCAACAUGUAACUGGUCAUUCAAUUGGACAUUUUCAAACUAAUUGGACAACAAUGACUACUGGACAUCGACAACAACAACAACAGCAACAACAAGAUAUAUUAUUUGAUAGCUUAAUUGCUAAUGACAAACAUCAGGCAUCAACAAAAUCAAAAAUUGCAACAGCUGUAGUAGCUGCUGAACAUAUUCAUCUUAGCCAAAUGAUGAUUACAUAUUUUAGUAAUUUUGCCAAAUAUGGGAAUCCAAAUCAUCCUACUGGUUAUAGUAAUGAUAACAACAACAACAACAAUGGCAACAAUGGCAAUUAUGACAAAAAAAAUUAUCCUUAUUCUCACAAUCAU